AACAUAUAGCAAAUAGAAACUUAUAAAAACAAAAGACCAAAAACCCUAGUGCAGAGUCACAGGCCAUUUGUAUUGCAUAUUUUUUAUUGUUUAUAUGGAUUUUCAGGUUUAACUGGAAACCUAAAAUAUAACUUCAUGUCCGAACCAAUCCUAUGACCGAAUAUUUAGAGAGAGCAAUUGUAAAAGAUAUAGUUUUUAAGUUUAAUUCUUAAAGUUAUUUCAGCCUAUAUUUGAAAUAAAACAUUGUAACCAGCAUUUAUUUUUCAGUCAAAUAUUUGUGUGAACGCAAUAUUCAACCAUGGCAACUGGCAAUAGGGAGGAUACUUUGGAUUCUGGCUUCAUUGAAGUAAAUGGGAAGCCUUUAUCACAAUCACAAGAAAAAUUACCAAAAAUCAAGACGCGUUGUAAGGUAACAACAAAUAUAUUAUCAUCAAAAAAAGGACAAAACAUUUAUGCAAUUGCCGAGAAACCAAGUAUGAUUCCUAUCCUUAAAAACCGAAUUUUGAAACCGAUUACCAAAACCCCGUUUGAACGUAAACACGGAGAAAAUAAAAUGCAAACAGAAGAGAUUAAAGAUGAAAUAGCUAAAAAACAGGGAAAGAGAACAGACAAUAAAGAGAAACAAAUGUUAGCACAUGAGGAAGAUUUUAAGGGACUUAAAGAACAAAUCGCUUUACUUACACAAAAAGCAACUGAAAAUGAAAAGCAUAUGACAGAAAUAAAACAGAUGAGUGUCAAUGUGUUGGCAGAAAUGAAUGUCAUAAAUGAUAAGAUUGAUAAGCUAGACCAAAGCACAGAUGAUAAGAUUGAUGGCAUUGCGAAGCUAGUUAAACAACAAGACCAAGAAAGGAAAAAAUAUGCCGAACAAAGAUCUACAACUGGUUCUUAUGCGGGAAAACAAAAGCGUCAAGCCGCAAAAACAAGUUCAAAAGGAGAGUGGGCAAACAAAUUUUAAUAACUUUGUAAAAGGCACAUUAUGUCUCCGAAACACAUUUUCUUUCCUCUUUAGAAAAAGCAAACAUUAAUUCUAUCAUAUUUACAUAAUGGUUUAAGAGGCUGUUCGAGGCCAAUUACCUGAAAGAAAAUAACGAUAAAUGUAGCGACAUGUAAAAAAGUAGUAUUUUGACUUCCAUACAAAAUACUUUUUUCAGUAUAACUGUACUUUUUGCAAAAAAGCAACAGAUUAAAAAGAUAUAUCAGGUAAUUGUCCAACGAGUAAUUUUUGAAUACGAUAAAAGUGCACCAAAAUUAAAACAAUUUAGUAAAAGAGAAUUAAAAGCAUUUCUGGAGUAAAAUGGACCUUUAAAUCUGAUUUGUGUAAUUUAAUUUUGUUAGCGGAAUCUACUUUUACCCUAAGGAAAAUAUUUUUUCAAACAUUUCGUCAGUCUCUUUACGUUGAAUCACUUAGUAAAUAUAUGCAUAUCAAGUGAUUAACACAUGAAACGUGUCUGUAAAUGUAAUAGAUCCUUUCUUUGCAGUAAUAGAUUAUAUUGUUACGGAAAAUAUCCUUUUUCCUACGAUAACAAAUCCUUUCCCUACGGUAAAACAUCCCAUCUCUACGGUAAUAUAUCAUAUCUCUAUGAUAGCAGAUAUCAUCCCUACAGUAGUAGAUCCUAAACUCAACACGUUAUGGUCCAAUUUACUGAGGGAAUGGCUUGCACUGAAAUGAAACCUCAUAGAACGCCGUUAUUUGAAAUGUUACUUUUUUCAAUUAAAUAUACGCUUCAGUUUUUUUUUGUGAUAUAUAUUACGUCGUUCAUAGCACCAUUUAUGAAAGUGUAAGUUAAAUUAAUAAAAUGUAAAUAAAUGUUACAUUUCGGGGCGUCCGUGGCCGAGUGGUAAAGGUCGUUGACUUCAAACCACUUGCCCCUCACCACUG